AGACAAUCUCAUCCUUUGUGGCCUGAGCUUUCGGACCCUUCUCGCUCCCCCUGACCCAUAAACACAACAAUAAUCCCAGGCGCUUUUAAAGAGUCUCUCGUUCGCAGCAGCAAUGGCCCCGAAGAAAGUCGAAGUCAAAAAGCCGGAACCCAAAAAGCCUGAGCCAAAGAAGCCCGAUGCGAAAAAGGAGGCCACCCCGGCACCACCUCCAGCCGCUCCUGUCGUACCCGAGCCACCCAAGGAACCCCAGUUUGAUCCUAAAAGUGUGACGGUGGAGUUCACACCUGACCAGAUCGAGGAGUUCAAGGAAGCCUUUCAGCUGUUCGACCGGACACCAAAGAACGAGAUGAAGAUCACAUACGCUCAAUGCGGUGACGUGAUGAGGGCACUCGGGCAAAACCCCACCAAUGCUGACGUCCUCAAGGUCCUCGGAAAACCACGGGCCGAGGAGAUGAACAGCAAAAUGCUGGACUUCGAGACAUUUCUUCCCAUGCUUCAGCACAUCUCCAAGUCCAAGAAUAAGGGCAGCUUUGAGGACUUUGUCGAGGGCCUGCGAGUCUUUGAUAAAGAAGGCAACGGAACCAUCAUGGGGGCGGAAUUGCGUCACGUCCUGGCAACGCUCGGAGAAAGGAUGUCAGAGGACGAGGUGGAUCGACUCAUGGCGGGGCAGGAGGACGCCAACGGAUGCAUCAACUACACCUCUUUUGUUAAACAUAUUCUCUCUGGUUGAGCUGGACUUGGGAAAACAUUUUACAGGAAAUUCAUUUGAAUCAGUUGAAAAGUUAAUGAUGUAUUAGUGGCAGCGUGAUGGUUUGUAAGCGUUCGGAUUGUUUUCUCAUUAAUGCAAGAGACAUUUACAAAAACGUGUAAGGAAUAAAACAUAAAACAUGACCGGUACGUCAUGAAGCGUUUUAUUCCUUUUUGUUCCACAACAAUUUCCCAAUGAUUACACAUACCUUUAAAUUAAUUACAGAACAACAUCAAACUUUUUAUCCAUUUACAGUUACAUUUACGUGGUCUUACACCUGAAUACACUUGGGCUCUAUAAAAACUGUUGCCUGUCAAGAUA